AUGGGGUCUGAUCCAGAGUCGUGCGAUGAUACUGAUGAUAUGGACCAAACAGAUGAAUAUGAUUCUGAAGAUGAUUUUAUUGACGACGGUGAGUCUUGUGAAGGAUCUGGUGGUUCAAGUGAUAACUCGGAAGGUGAUAGCGGUGAUGACGAAGAUGAAGAUGAUGACGAUGCUGAUUCGGCUGAUGAUAAUGAAGAUGAUGAUGAAGAUAUUAUGUUGGAUGAUGAGACUGAGAUUGACGAUGAUAGUGAGGAUCAGAGAAACGUCGAACCGAGUGAUAUACUCAUCGAAAAGAAUAUUAGUAUAUCGGGACACCAGAAUUCGGUUUUACAGACGUGGAUGCAUAUGCUAAUUUCGAAACGUUAUUCCAUGGAGCUCAUAUUAUCGGAUGAACAGGGUUUUAAAAUUCAGGCCACUGUUAGAGAUGGUGAGAUCGGUGUCGCAUCGUCUCGCAUAGAUGUUGGCACACUUGAUUUCAAACCCGAAUUGCCUUUUCAAGGGAUAUUUUGUCUUGUUUCUACUGAUUUCCAUGUUAUGGAGAUGAGAAAGGAUGAAACAAAACCCUUGAUGUUUGGUACUUCGUUCCUAGCAUCUGUUGAAACACUCAUCAACUACCCAAAUCAAAAGAUGUGCUUAUCAAAGAUCAACAGGAAAACAUCACAUCCGGCGAUUCCUACAAGGAACUCUCAUUGUAUAAUCAUAGACAGCGUGGAUGAUCCAAUAUUCGACCCUGGAGGAGCUACAAAGGAUGUUGGAUAUUGA